AUGGCAUCCGAAAAAGGCCCCAUCGCUACCGAAGCCCCUCUCGUCGCCGCGCCCGCGCUCGCCUCUGCAGCUCCCACCGAACCGGAACCCGUCACCGUCGACGUAGUGCGAGCGAACUCUCUGAAGCGGCCUCGCGAAGCUACCCCGACAUCGCCGUCAGGCGUUGCCGGUGGUCACCCGAGCUCGGAUCUCUCUCCGACCAAGAUUGCACGACUCGUCAGCUCCGCGGCAAGACAUACACCACCGCCACCCUUGACGGCUGCCGCCGCCUUGGAAGACGAGCAGCGCAGGAGGGAGGAAGAGGCUCGAUUACAUCCUCCAGACGCAAUCAGCGACAAUCCCGCCCAGAGGGCGCUUGCAGCCCUCAUGUCUCCUACUCUUGCCAUGAGCCGACCCCAGGACGCGCCGGCCGCAGCGCCGGCCGCCCCCGAGGCCGACCACAAGCUCAUCGAUCCUGCCAUCAACCCCUCGGCCAAUGCGACGACAGCGGACCAGUCAACGGAGCCUAAUGCCCAGAGCUCAGCCGGCAACCAUAGUAUUGGUGCCGGUGCACCUGUAACACACAGCCCAGCUCCGAUGGAGGUGGAUUCGCGCAAUGACAGGCCUCAGUAUUUGCAGCCCGAGACGCAGGCGGAAGACAAAGCUGGUUCAAUGUCCUACCCGGGGGUCCUGCCGCCCAGCGCCAACAUGCCAGCCCCUUCGGCUCCUCAACGCGGCAUGAGCCUGCCAAUGCCCUCGGCACAAAACCCGGAAGCACCACGUUCGCCCUCCUCAUCCAAGAAGCACAAGUGUCCAUACUGCGAUACCGAGUUUACUCGCCACCAUAACCUCAAAAGCCACCUGCUCACGCAUAGCCAGGAGAAGCCAUAUGUCUGCCAGGAAUGCCAGAUGCGAUUCCGACGUCUGCACGACCUCAAACGCCACAGCAAGCUGCACACGGGCGAGAAGCCUCACAUCUGCCCGAAGUGUGACCGCAAGUUCGCCCGUGGAGAUGCCUUGGCCAGACACAGCAAAGGCGCGGGGGGGUGUGCUGGGCGGCGAUCGAGCAUGGGAAGCUUCGCUGGGGACGACUACGACGAGGGAGUAAGCACCAACGAUGCCGACGACUCGGUCAUGUCUGGAGUGACCUACGACGGCGUCGACACGGACAUGACGGAGGAAGAGCGGCGACGUCUGAGCCUGCCUAGUAUCAAGGCGCAACAUGUCUCGGGUGCCCAGGCACCGCUGGACGGUUAUUCGCAUCACUCGCGGACUUAUCCUCCCGCAGGCGCCCGGGCAAGUACGGCCGGUGGUCUGUACCCACCAAACGUCGAGCGCGGUUCGGGUUCAAGCUCAAAUACCUCCCCGAGUAUUCCAGGUGGGCAUACCCCGAGUACUAGCAUUUCUUCAAUGCCAACCAGUGCAGGUGCUACGUCAAUGUAUUCGCACGGCAUGACGGAGAGCCCGAAGCCACUGAGUCCUUCAAUGCAGCAGCAUCAGGCUGGCCACGACCCGCAUCGGCAGCAUGACGCUGCCGGGCGGCGGCCUUCGGACCUCUCGGCUCCGCACGGCACUUCGCCAGAGUCUAAUGUCAACCCGCUUCUGGACGUGGCUCGGUUCAAUGCAUCGUCGCACUCUGGUGCACCGCAAGGCGCUGCUAUGCCACCGAGCCAGCAACAUCCUAUCGGAGCUCACCAUUCGCGCACCUCCAGUGGCCAUGCCGCUAGUGGUGGCAGCGGCGAUAGCGCAGCCCAUGUGUUUCCAGCGGAUCAAGGCAUGUGGUCGGUCAUUCAGAGCCUCGAGGAGAGACUGAGGCAGCGGGAGGAACGGGACAAGGCCCAAGAGUCCACUGCCCAAGCCCGCGACACGCAACGAGACACGCAGAUUGCGUACCUCACGAGCCAAGUCAACACCCUCUCUACCGAGAACAGUGGGCUGCGUGAGCAGCUGGCUGCAGUGCUGCACAAGCUUAGUGCGAUUGAGAACGAGGUCGCCAGCCUGCGGGCGCAGGACAACGCGGCACCGAUGACCGUGCCACCGGUAGAGGCGGUGCCGCCGCCAGUACCAAUGGAGCCGAAAAACUAG